UUGAUUAAUACUUGUGGAUUCGACAGUUUCGUUCAUGUACUUGAAUACGCUGCUCUAGAUGACUCCAAGUAUAGACAAUUACUGGAAACUUCAAGUAAUGAAUUUUUUAAAUUUGUUUUGGACUUUCUGAAUGAUGGUGCGACUACGAAAAUACUGCUAAGGCGCUGUGCCCUCCUCUGCAAGCACUAUUCUCUGAUGAAAUCCAGCUAUUGCACUUCUCUGGAUCCUUUUAAAUUAGAUUGUGAAGAUACGUUGACGCGCAUUUGGAGAAAAUGUUAUGCUGAACCAGUAGCAUAUCGUGGAACGCAUUGCGACAAUAUUUACUGUUCAGUCGGAAAUACGAGAAAAUUGUAUGAUUUAGCCGUUGAUCAUCAUAUAAUUAUUGACAAGGGAUUUAGAGAGGGUUUACCUGAAGCAAUUGAUGUUUGUCGAACUUGGCAAUGCAAGAUACCUGGAUGUGGAGCCACGGUAAUAGAGACACUUGACUGUAAAGAAACCGUCUUCGUUGAGCUUGACAUUCGCAAUUGCAGGGAAGAAAAGGGCAAUAGGACGUUGGGAUGCCAAUUAAGAGAUAUACCUGUAAAAUUGGAUCUCGGAAAAGCUUACAGAUUAAUCGGUAUUAUAGCAUUUAUACCUGAUAUGAAGCACUUUGUAGCUCAUUGCCGACGGAGAACUGGUGAGUGGGUUGAAGUCGACGACCUCAGCUCAGGACCGCAACGAGAAUAUGAUGAUGUCAAAGUAAUCCCAUUUGGUGCCUUAUAUAUUAGCAGGUAAAUUGAAUAAUAAAAAUCACCCAACCAAAGUACGUGUCAACUAAGUGCGAUAGAAAGGACUGACUUAUGUGAUACUCAGAAUAUAAAUCUGUGAUCUAUUUAAAAAAUGAGAAGAUAACAUUUCAACUUUUAUCAUAUUUAUAAAAAAAAAUACGAAAUUUGUUCUGUUAAUGAUAUUUAAAUGUUCAAACCCUAGCAAAGCUGCAUCCAUGGAGUUCCAUGGAUGCUUAUAUGGAUAGGGAAU